UGAGGGGGGCGACGGAAAAAAAAUAAUUGAAUCAAGAUGGCGGAUGAGCAGCAGGAAUCAUCAAAGGGAGAGGUGGAGGGAGUGAACUGCCUCGCAUAUGACGAGGCCAUAAUGGCACAACAGGACCGCAUUCAGCAAGAGAUAGCCACCACUAAUCCUUUAGUGUCAGACAGACAAGAUCUCUCUGUGCUUCAGGGAGAAUAUGCUGCAGAGGACACCAUCUACCAACUCAAAAUAAAGGACCUUCACAAAAAAUAUUCGCACAUUCGGAAGACGCGGCCGGAUGGGAAUUGUUUCUACAGAGCCUUUGGCUUUGCACAUUUGGAGUCACUACUGGAUGACAGCAAAGAGCUGCAAAGGUUUAAAGCUGUAGCAGCUAAAAGCAAGCUGGACCUUGUGAACCAGGGCUUCACUGAGUUCACUAUUGAAGACUUUCACAACACUUUUAUGGACUUGAUUGAUCUGUGUGAAAAGCAGCAAACACUCGGAGAACUGUUGAGCUCCUUUAAUGACCAGAGCGUUUCAGACUACAUAGUGGUUUACCUGAGGCUUCUCACCUCUGGAUACCUGCAGCGAGAGCAUGUGUUCUUUCAGCACUUCAUAGAGGGAGGUCGAUCUGUCAAAGAGUUUUGCCAGCAGGAGGUGGAGCCCAUGUCAAAAGAAAGCGACCACAUCCAUAUCAUUGCCUUGGCACAGGCACUGAAUGUGCCCAUAUUAGUGGAAUACAUGGACAGAGGCGAGGGUGGAACGGUAAACCAUCAUAUCUUCCCUGAAGGAAGUGAACCACGCAUCUUCCUGCUAUACCGCCCUGGCCAUUAUGAUAUCCUGUACAAGUGAUACUGUAUUUUCUGUGGUUACAUUGUAAAGAAACCAUCCCAUUUCAGCAAAGUUGAGUCAUACGUCUGUAUGCAAGGCUUAUGCUAUGAUUAAACAAACUGUUUCCACUCCAGUUUCCAAAAUGAAUUUUUCAGUCCAAAAUUUAAAGCUCUUGAUUGCAGAAAAAAUUGACACUGCAUUAAAUGAAAGCAUUAGGGUUGUACAGUAGUUUUUUUGUGGUUGUAAAUGUUAUCAACUUGCUUUGUGUUGUUUUUUCUUUGUUACACUGCCUUUCAUGAGUUUUAUUAAAGGGAUUUAAACCUC